CCAUGGAAAGUGAACCUUUGUCCAGAAAAAUCUUCACCGUAUGCAAGACUUUGGUACGGAAACUCGUGUUCCGAGUCCUCCGAACCGGACCAAUGCCCUCUCACAUCGCCGUGAUCAUGGACGGGAACCGGAGAUACGCUAAAAGGAACCGCUUAAACGAAGGCGCCGGCCACGACGCUGGUGCUAUGGCCCUCUUCUAUUUGAUCAAUUAUUGCUACGAACUUGGCAUAAAAUACAUCACGGCAUACGCUUUUAGCACCGAUAAUUUCAGGCGGAAGCCGCAGGAAGUAGGGAAAAUAAUGUCGUUGUUGCGGGAAAGCAUCGCGCUACUAACCAAGAUAACGAAGAACCAGCCGGUGAGAGUUCACUUCGCGGGAAACCUCGAGCUCUUGAGCGCGGAACUUAGGGACGGAGCUCGUAAACUCAUGGAGGCGACGGCUGAGUAUUCCAAGAUCGUCGUCACGAUCUGCGUGUGCUACUGUUGCUCGGACGAGAUCCUUCAUUCCGUUGAACAGUCUUGCCUACAAAAGUACUAUAAGCAUAGUUACGUAAGAGAUAGUCACGACGACGAGAACGGCGAGAGGGAUGUAAUAACGUUGGUCGAUAUCGAAAAGCAUAUGUACAUGGCCGUUACACCGGACCCCGACAUCUUGAUCCGCACCGCGCACGAGCACCGGCUAAGCAAUUUCCUUCAAUGGCAGACUAGUUACUGUCAGUUGGCUUCAUUGCCCGUUGAUUUUCCGGAAUUGAAUUCAUGGCAAUUGACGUGGGUGAUUUUGAAUUUUCAGCGAAGCUACAAGUAUUUAGCCAGAAAAAAAUUGCAGCGUUAG